GAGAACGGAUACAUGUCCGUAAAGCCAAACACAUGACAAAAUGCAUGCUUAUUCCCACGACUUUCUGAAAUGAGGAUGUCAGAAUGAUGACCAGUGUUCCAAAAGACUCCAGUGAUAGAAAGUCUGACAUCUGGGCUCAGAGAAAUGUUAAAAUGUAAAAAAUGUUCAAAGCUUUUCCCCAAUAGGACAACACAACAUUUUGUAAAUCAUGCUAAAACUACUUCAUGUUCUUCUGUGGCUUUACAAUCACUUACAUCCAUCUAUCCGAAACUUGUGAUCGGUAUCGCGUGUCAGGUGUGGAUCAGUUUCCUGCAGGGACAUUUGACACCCAUGAAAGGCAGCUCUUUGCCCCGGGUGAGUCAGGUGACCGAGCGGCAGGGUACAGUCGCACGCCGAGACCCCGUCUGCAUCCAGUGUGGAAGCACAGGAGCCGAGAUGACGUUCAUCGCCAAGACCUUCUACGAUCUGAAGGCCACCACGCUGGAGGGAGACCUGGUGGACUUCAACGUGUUCAGGGGACGCGUGGUCCUGAUCGAGAAUGUGGCCUCGCUCUGAGGCACCACCACCCGGGACUACAGCGAGCUCAACCAGCUGCAGAGCAAGUACCCGCAUCGGCUGGUGGUCCUGGGUUUUCCUUGUAACCAGUUUGGAUAUCAGGAGAACUGCUCCAAUGGCGAGAUCCUGAACUCCCUGCAGCACGUGCGUCCAGGCGGAGGUUUUCGGCCCAGCUUCACCAUCUUCGAGAAGUGCGAUGUCAACGGAACAAACACGCACCCGGUCUUUGCCUACCUUAAAGACAAGCUCCCUUACCCCGACGAUGACCCCAACUCCCUCAUGCAGGACCCCAAGUUUCUGGUCUGGAGUCCCAUCAACAGGACGGACGUCUCUUGGAACUUUGAGAAAUUCCUCAUCGGGCCAGAGGGAGAGCCCUUCAAAAGAUACAGCAAAAAGUUCCCCACCAUCGACAUCGAACCCGACAUCCAAAGACUGCUGAGAUUAACUAAGAACUAAGAAUAGACCUCCACCUCUUAAUGACUUCCCAUCCAUCACAGUCAAAGCUGAUAUGCUGUCCUCCACACUUUUAAGCCUUAAUAAAUGAGGGUGAUAUUCUAAAAAUGACGAGGGAAUAUUAUCUGAGGCCUUGUAAGUGCUUAAGAGCAGCGGAGGAAUACAUUUAAAUAAAAUCUGAAUGGAACAAAUGUGGGUAUUCUUCAAAAAAUCAUGACUGGAAAAGCCAGUCCUGUGCCUGUCAGUUUGUUUCACGUCGUACGCUAGCCUGGCCAGCAGAUGGCGCUGCUGAAUAGAUCAUACUUCAGAUAACUUCUGUCAUGUUUCUCCCAAAUUAACAUUCACAGCACACACGCUCACAAAAUGUUUG